UUCAAUAUAUAGGUCCAUCUAGAUAGAAUUUAGUGGUGGUCAGCUGUGACAAUCCGUAUCACACCUGAUUGUGGAGCGAGGUUAUGUAUGCGUGUAUGUACGUACAAUACAUACGACACAGCCAACGCGAGCGACGGAGAGCCUGUAAAAAUAGUGAAAAUUUAUUUGAAAUAUCCAAUGAAUUAUACGAACUGUUGGAAAAUUAACCCUUGCAUCAAACGAUGGCGCGAAAACAAGCCUUAUCUCAGGAUGUUGAAACAUUGUUUUGGCACAGAAGCCAAGUCUCGAGCUGAAACAAAGAAAAAAUGGCGCAGUGUCGUUGGACUCGAAAUUCACGCCCAAAUUCAAUCGAAUUCAAAGUUAUUUUCUGGUUCAAGCACCAUGUAUGGUUCCCCGAUAAACAGUAACGUUUCAUUCUUUGAUUGUGCUACACCGGGUACACUACCUGUACUGAAUAAAAGAUGCGUCGAAGCAGGAAUACUAACUGCUCUGGCGCUAUCCUGCAAAGUAAACGAAGUAUCAUUGUUUGAUAGAAAACAUUAUUUCUAUGCAGAUUUGCCAGCAGGAUAUCAAAUAACUCAGCAACGCCAAGCCUUGGCUAUAGAUGGAGAACUCAAUUUCCAAGUAUAUACACCGGGUAUUCAUCCACGACCCUACAGCAAAGUUUCUAAAAUCAAGCAGCUGCAACUGGAACAAGACAGUGGCAAAAGCUUACAUGAUUUAAUAGCAAAAAGAAGUUUGGUCGAUCUUAAUCGAGCAGGGAUACCACUGAUGGAAUUGGUAUUCGAGCCGGACUUAUCAGAUGGCGAAGAGGCUGCUGCGCUAGUCAAAGAGAUCGUACUCAUUCUGAAAAGAUUGGGGACGUGCUCCUGUAAAAUGGAAGAGGGUGCCCUUCGAGUUGACGCCAAUAUCUCUGUGAAUCGACCAGGGGAAAAAUUGGGCACGCGAACAGAAGUCAAGAACAUUGGAAGUAUUAGGUCAGUGGCAGCUGCUGUAAAGUUUGAAAUUGACAGACAGAUUAAAGAAAUUGAGAAUGGUGGUACAAUUAUUAAUGAAACAAGGUCAUGGGACACGGAAAUUCGCAAAACAGUUCCAAUGCGAGAUAAAGAAGAAAAGCAGGAUUAUCGUUUUAUGCCAGAACCAAAUCUUCCGCCAUUGCACGUACACGUCACUAAAGAAAUAAAAAAUAAGUAUGGAUUGGUUGAUGUUCCACUUCUGCAAGAAAGCCUUCCCGAGCUUCCAGAGGAAACACGAUACAAUCUUAAAAAUAAUUUUGGACUCGACUCAACUGCCGCCAUUAUACUUACUAAUGAAAACAAUUUGCUGAAUAUCUUCGAAGCUGUUGUCAAAGAAGACAGUAAACGAAAACCCAAGCUUGUAUCAAACAUAUUGAUCAACCAGUUACUAACGGUGGUCAACAGAAAAGCAUUAGAACUGGAUACUUGUAUUUUGAAUGCGCAACAUAUUGGUGAAUUGGUGGACAUGCUACAAAACAAAACAAUCAAUUUAACUACUGCCGAAAACGUACUGGAAGAGUACAUAACUGAAUCGUCGAUGACUCCUAAACAAAUUGUUGAGAAAAAUAAUUGGACUCAGAUCACAGAUGAACAUCAAUUAACUCAAAUAUGCAAAAAUAUACUGCUGCAGCGAGCUGAUGUUGUAAAAAAGUAUAAAGCUGGAAAGACAAAAGUUUUCAGAGCUCUGGUGGGUGCUGUAGCCCAGGAAACUAAAAAUCGUGCUGAUAUGGCCACUGUUGUAAAUAUAUUGAAAAAAUUGUUAGAUGAAUGAGACAUUGUUAGUUGAAUUUUUCUUGUCGUUACUGAAUUUUACAUCUUCUUAAACAACGUUUCAAAUAAAAUAAUUACUCUGCUAUGCAGGAAAAGUCGUAAGAAUUUAUUCUUUGAUUUAUUUUAAUAAAAAACGAGAGAGAGUGACUGAACAUGAGAAUGUAGUUUUCACAUGUUAUCUAAAUGAGAAAUACACGGGGAGACAUGUGAAUUGAGAGAGCGACCUUCGUUUCUUGACCUUAGGCCUUAUAUUUGUGGAUAGUCCUUUUGGGAAACACUGAAUUUUAAGAGGAGCAGCCGUUCAAAAAUUUUAAACUGUUCUUUUUUAAUGCUCUAUUGAACAAGCAAGAAUAUAUCGAACAUUUUAUCCUAUUAAAUUCCUCGACUAAGAAACAGUAUCCGUGAGGAAUAAUUUGGAGAAUUAGAAGACGAAUAUGGAAGCAAUAUUGAUUUCUAUUGCAAUAUAUUUAAGUAGUGUUCACGUUAGAAACAUCGGAAAUAUAAAAGACAUGUUGAAAUUUUAAUUGCAUUAUUCAUUAGAAGUACAAAAUCAUGUAGGAAAUAAAUAUAUGUUUGUGGUACAUUGUGGUAAUUUUGGAGACUAGAAAAUUCAGUCUCCCUGCAUAGUUAUAUUGUUGCUCGCAAAACGUUCGUGUGUAGUUUUAAUAGUUGAAGUAGUAAAACGAAACAAAAUAUGUACAGAUGGGUGGGACAGGAUUGUCUGUCCAUAUUUCCACAAAACAUGUCUGGGAGCUGUGUGCUAAAAUUACACAAGAUUUGGUAAAUUGUAAGCAGAUAAUCAUUUUCAUUAAAUCACAACAGUCCUGAAAGUACUUCUGAAUAAGCACAACAAUACACAACAAAUCGCAGGUUAAUCAAAUAAUCAUAAUAUGACAAAAAGGAUUUCAUUUCGAAUCCUGCGAUUGCCGUGCCUGUUACUUUUUUUUUUUAAACAUGAGUUACUAGUCAUCAUCAUUGGGAAUUGGAUUGCAUUUGAUUUCAGUUGGUUCAACCACUGUCAAGAUUUAAUCAUAAGCUUUGCUCUGGUGAGACGUUUGAUUUGUUCACUUAAUCAAGAAUAGUAUUUACCAGUAUCUGUGUAUUAAGAUCAAGUGCAAUUACCUGCAAUCAAGUAAAUGAAUAUGUAGAUGUUCGCAUUACCAUUAAAUAAAUACUAAUCACUGUGCUAGUUGGAAACAGGAUUUACUUUUUUUUUAAAUAAACCAUGUAUACUGAUUUACGCAAGCAUCGCAUAUCCGAAGCAUUUAUAUAUAAUUGUCAUUGAAAAUUGUGAAAUUUUGACAAAUGAUAUAUCUGCAUACAGUAAACUCUGUUAUUAUUUUUUUUUAUAAAGGCUAUACAGUUAUGGACUCAAGUUAUGCUGCUUCGAAUUUACAAGGAACCUAGCAUACAACUCGGCCCGAAUACUUUAAAACAAUAUAGUACAAUAAGCACAUAUUAAUUACUAUAAUACAGUACAAUGACGUAAUUGGACUUUUAACUAGUAAUUCCUAAUCGGUUAUACUACAAUACGUUAUUAUAUAACAAACCUUGUUAGAAACAACUACACUCGUUCAAUUUUUACAAUUGUUUACAAUAAUGUCACUAGAGAUAGAUAUACUGGACCAAUUCAUGCGAACCUGACAUAUAAAACCGUAUGGGUGAGAUAGAGCGAAAAUUUCAGCGGAUGGCUGACAAUUUACAAGCAGGAAAAAGCUGGUGCCACGUCAUUGGCAGAAUAGAGUUUGCUCUUGUGUUUAUGUUGCAAUCCUUGACUUGUUCCGCCGCACACGUUUUUAGUAACCUGAAGUCGUUCUCUCUCCUACGCAUAGAGUUUUCUUUGUCAGGUUCACACUACUGACCCAAUAUCAACCGUAGAUUGUUAAUCGUCAUACUCAAAACUUCUAGAUCUACUAAUAAAUUAUUAUAAGUCCGUGCGUGAGAAGUAGCAUAGAAAUUUUCAUUGGUUUUCUGUUACUUGUCUGGUUCUUGUUCAUAUUGAUAUAAUUGAUGAGCUACCGUGAAAUUUCAUGAUAUCAAAAUGAAUCUAAGUAUCUGUAUAUAUUUUUAGCAUUAGUUUGCAUGAAAAUCGAUGAAAGGUGUAAUUUUAAAUAAUGAAUAUUAUGAUUUGUAAUAUCAGAAUCUCAAGUUGAUGAACUACCAAGUCAAGUAUCAUUUCCUUUAUUCUGUAUCGAUUAUGAAAGGUUUCGUACAGAAGUUAAUUCUCAUUUAAUACUUGAAAUACCCAAUAAAAAGUCAUCCACAAAAUCAAGUUUUUCUUAAUCUAGCGAAACAAAUCUUCACACUAUUGGCCUGAGAUUAGCCAUUUUCUGUAUAAAAUUGUAUGUUCCUAACACACAGCAGAAGUUUGUA